AUGGAUUCCGGGAAAAGCCUCAGCCACCUCGGGGAUCUCGGCAGACUUCCAAACGAGCUACUCUGGCAGAUCCUGGACCAUGUGGUCAUGGAUACUCCUAGACUCACUCAUGCAGGUAUGUGUGGAUUGUAUUCGCUGAUGAAGACAAACCAGGCUAACGGUAAACUUAUCCAGGACGGUUACAUGACUGACGAAAGGAAGCGGCACGUACUCGUGGAGACCAACUCCCUGAGGUGCUAUGCUGAUCUCGACGACGCCACAGAUGCUCUCGGACAGUCUGAACCUGAGUAUGUAGGGGGUGAACCAGGCGAGGAACCCGACCUUUUUACUGGCAUCAUCAAAGACGACUGUCUUGAAUGCUUCAGCGGGAUCCUUGGAUGUCUUCCGGAGUUUCCGAUGAUGUGCCACAAUGAGAAGGGUUGGUCGUUCUUUGCCGCGGCUAUUGAGGCCAGAGCGACUAAGAUCCUUCGGCAGUUUGUGACAUCUGAAUUCCCUGCUCACGCUAGAGAGUUCCUCUUUUGUAAACCCCACCCUGGGUCCCGUUGGACUCUGUCUAAUCUCGGAUUGGCUGCUGCUUUCAAGGACGCUGGCACUUUUACUGCUCUCUUUCAGUACUUGCAGAACACCAUGGACCCCACUACUUUCAAGAUGACCAUUGAGUCGAAAUUGACCGACAAUGUGAAGGGAGCCAUUCUUCAGUUUAUGACCCCUGCUCUUCAGAACAUGUUGGACCAGGGUGGUAUUGUGAUAGAACUGCACCAGGGCUUUUACCACGGUUAG